GGUGGAGGAAAGCGCAAAGGGAAAAGCAAGAAGUGGAAGGAAAUCCUAAAGUUCCCUCACAUUAGCCAGUGUGAAGACCUCCGAAGGACCAUAGACCGAGAUUACUGCAGUUUAUGUGACAAACAGCCAAUCGGGAGGCUGCUUUUCCGGCAGUUCUGCGAAACCAGACCUGGGCUGGAGUCUUACAUUCAGUUCCUGGACUCAGUGGCAGAAUAUGAAGUUACUCCGGAUGAAAAACUGGGAGAAAAAGGGAAGGAAAUUAUGACCAAGUACCUCACCCCAAAGUCCCCAGUUUUCAUCACCCAAGUUGGACGGGACCUGGUCUCCCAGACGGAGGAGAAGCUCCUUCAGAAACCCUGCAAAGAACUCUUCUCGGCCUGCGUGCAGUCUGUCCACGACUACCUGAGGGGAGAACCCUUCCACGAGUACCUGGACAGCAUGUAUUUUGAUCGCUUUCUCCAGUGGAAGUGGUUGGAAAGGCAACCGGUAACCAAAAACACUUUCAGGCAGUACCGAGUACUAGGAAAAGGGGGCUUUGGGGAGGUCUGUGCCUGCCAGGUUCGGGCCACAGGUAAAAUGUACGCCUGCAAACGCUUGGAGAAGAAGAGGAUCAAAAAGAGGAAAGGGGAGUCCAUGGCCCUGAAUGAGAAGCAGAUUCUGGAGAAGGUCAACAGUCGGUUUGUGGUCAACCUGGCCUACGCCUACGAGACCAAGGAUGCACUGUGUUUGGUCCUGACCAUCAUGAACGGCGGGGACCUGAAGUUCCACAUCUACAACAUGGGGAACCCUGGCUUCGAGGAGGAGCGCGCCCUGUUCUACGCAGCAGAGAUCCUGUGUGGUCUGGAAGACCUCCACCAUGAGAACAUUGUCUACAGAGAUUUGAAACCUGAAAAUAUCCUGUUAGACGAUUACGGCCACAUCAGGAUCUCGGACCUGGGCCUGGCCGUGAAGAUCCCCGAGGGAGACCUGAUCCGUGGCCGGGUGGGCACCGUCGGCUACAUGGCUCCAGAGGUCCUGAACAACCAGAGGUACGGCCUGAGCCCUGACUACUGGGGUCUGGGCUGCCUCAUCUACGAGAUGAUCGAGGGCCAGUCGCCCUUCCGCGGCCGCAAGGAGAAGGUGAAGAGGGAGGAGGUGGACCGCCGGGUGUUGGAGACAGAGGAGGUGUACUCACACAAGUUCUCCGAGGAGGCCAAGUCCAUCUGCAAAAUGCUGCUCACCAAAGAUGCGAAGCAGAGGCUGGGCUGCCAGGAGGAAGGGGCCGCGGAGGUCAAGAGACACCCCUUCUUCAGGAACAUGAAUUUCAAGCGCUUAGAGGCCGGGAUGUUGGAUCCCCCCUUUAUUCCAGAUCCCCGGGCCGUGUACUGCAAGGACGUGUUGGACAUCGAGCAGUUCUCCACCGUGAAGGGCGUCAACCUGGACCACACGGACGACGACUUCUACUCCAAGUUCUCCACGGGCUCCGUGCCCAUCCCAUGGCAAAGUGAGAUGAUAGAGACAGAGUGCUUUAAGGAGCUGAACGUGUUCGGACCCCACGGUACCCUCUCAGCGGACCUGAACCGAAGCCACCCUCCGGAACCGCCAAAGAAAGGGCUGCUCCAGAGGCUCUUCAAACGUCAGCAUCAGAACAAUUCCAAGAGUUCACCCAAUUCCAAGACCAGUUUUAACCACCACAUCAAUUCAAACCACGUGAGUUCAAACUCCACUGGAAGCAGCUAGUUGCAGCUCUGGCCUGAAGUCCACGGUGGGACCAGCCUGGACCCUUCUUAGAAGCGGACUUGCGACCGGAGGCGCUCCCACCCCGGCGGGCGGGUGCGGAAGCCCUCCAGGAGCCGGGGAAGGAGGCCGCCCACCCCUGAGACCGGGAGCCUCCCAGUUCCCCAAAGAGAUUUCCACUCAGGUCUGUGUUCGGAGGCGGCCCUUGAGCCGAGAUGGAUUGGACGUGUCUCUGGCGAACAUUGCAAUAGAAAUCCAGUCGGAUACAACAACUUGCACGUAUUUUAAUAGCAUCCUAAUAACUAGAACUGAAUUUUGUCUUUAUUAUUUUUAAAGAAAAGUUUUGUAAAUUUCUCUAUUGUCUCAGUUUACAUUUUGUAUAUUUGUAUUUAAAAGAAAGUCAGACUUUGAGGGUGUAUAUUUUCUGUGCAGCCACUGUUAAGCCAUGUGUUUUAAGACAUUUUAGAGGGGGGUUGGUGGGGGGGGGAUUUACAACAACAAUGAAAAAAUGUGACUCAAGACUUCCAGAGCCUCAAAUGAGAAAAUGUUUUUAUUAAAUGUAGAAAAUGAUCCACACUUCACCUUUAAA